AUGGCGGGGUCUCUAUUUUGGACGCCAGGUCCUUACCACAUCCUGUCCUAUGGAACCCUCCUAGGAACACAGGUCUUCCACACCUUCAUAAACGCUACCGCCGCCUUCAAGACCCUCGAGCGCCCUCAAUUUGCUGUACUUCAACGCGCCCUCUUCCCGGCCUACUUUGGAAUGCAGACGGUUCUGCCGGUAGCCAUCGCAUUGACAUACCCGGGGGGCUUGAUGGCUGCGCCCAGCGGAAUCCAAGGCGCGCUGUUGGACGAGACAAACCGCUGGAGCGUCGCCGUACCGCUCGUCACCAUAUUCGUCACCGGACUCAUCAACUGGGCCUAUUGUCUUCCGGUCACGAACUCCAUCACGGAUAAGAGACGGGCACAAGAGACGAAGGACGGCAAAAAGAGUUGGGACCCUGCGCCGCACUCACAGGAGAUGCAAUCUCUGAACAAGCAAUUUGGCAAGAUUCAUGGAAUCUCCUCCCUGCUUAAUCUGGUCACACUGAUUGCAACCAUUACCUACGGCUUUACACUGUCAACCAGAAUCCUGUAA